AUGAAAUCAGAUAGUCCUCGUUUCAGAGCUGCCUUAUUACAUUCUAUUGAAUAAGAAAGAACCAAAAAAUUAAUUGACUUUAAUGAACUUCUUAAAGAUAAUGAACUUACCUAUCUCAAAUUUGCAUUCAAAACCGAAGAAAGAUAAGAAAAUAUUUAUAUCAAACAAUUUUAAAAAGCCACUAAUUUCCAGAGAACAGGUUUCAUAUUUUUUAUAUUUAACCUCAAGGAACUAUGAAUAUUUGUGAUCUCUGGUCAAAUGCUUAAAUCAAUAGGUAUUUAGAUAUUUCUAGAUUUACCAAAGAUAAAUUCUUGUUACAAAAACUAGCUAAAUAAAAUAAUAAAUUCACAUACAUUCGAAAACCCACUCAUUAUCUCUCCUAAACUCCUAGACCAGAACCUGUACAAAAAAAAGAUCUCAAAUCUAUCAUUUCAGAAUUAAAUCUAUUGCAUGAAUAAAAUAAAAAACUUAGAUCUCAAAUUAAUCGCAAAAUUUAUUGUAAAACAGUCUAAUGCUGA